UUGGUGACAGGUGUACACAUAACACAUCAUGUGUAAUGGUCCAUUUCAAGCCUGUUUUGCGACAGGUGUACACAUAACACAUCAUGUGUAAUGGUCCAUUUCAAGCCUGUUUGGCGACAGGUGUACACAUAAGACAUCAUGUGUAAUGGUCCAUUUCAAGCCUGUUUGGCGACAGGUGUACACAUAACACAUCAUGUGUAAUGGUCCAUUUCACGCCUGUUUGGCGACAGGUGUACACAUAACACAUCAUGUGUAAUGGUCCAGGAUUAGCCACAUCAGGCCCUUCCUAACAAUUGAUGCAACGAAGAGGCUGAUGUCUGCAUUUGUGCUAUCACGCAUGGACUAUUGCAAUUCUCUCAUGGUGGGUCUUCCAGCUAUGCUCCUUGAUAAAAUUCAGAUAGCACAGAAUAAUGCGGCUCGAAUUGUUCUCCGCAAAAGCAAGUUCGACCAUGCAAAUUCACUUCUGAGAGAGUUGCAUUGGCUGCCGGUGCGUGCUCGCAUAGAGUACAAAAUCGCAACUUUGUGCUACCGCUGUCUACAUGGCCUGGCGCCGUCCUAGCUGAAAGAGCUGCUGACGCCUUAUGUACCAACUAGACAACUCCGCUCAUCCGACAGUGGCAAACUCUUGACACCACGUGUUCGCCUUGAGACUUGCGGAAAGCGCACUUUCGUGUUUGCUGGUCCAACAAUUUGGAACGCCCUUCCACUCGAUCUCAGAAACAUCCAGACACUGAAGUCCUUUAAAACCGAUUUAAAGACACAUUUAUUUCGCAAACACUUUCUGGGAUGAUUGUCUACCAUAUUUUCCAUUUAAUGCAUAUUAGCUGUGUUGCUCACGGUUGAAAUGGGUUGAAAGACUUUGACAUUGUAUGCUUGUAAUUAGUUUUUGAAGUAUUGCGUUUGUUUUAAAUGUGGUAAAUUAUAGAUUUGUAUUUUGUUGACUUUGUACCGCGCUUCGAGCCUUUGGGGAUGAAGCGUGUUUUUGAAAUGAACUUUAUUAUUAUUAUUAUUAUUAUUAUUUCAAGCCUGUUUGGCGACAGGUGAACACAUAACAUAUCAUGUGUAAUGGUCCAUUUCAAGCCUGUUUGGCGACAGGUGAACACAUAAGACAUCAUGUGUAAUGGUCCAUUUCAAGCCUGUUAGGCGACAGGUGUACACAUAAGACAUCAUGUGUAAUGGUCCAUUUCAAGUCUGUUAGGCGACAGGUGUACACAUAACACAUCAUGUGUAAUGGUCCAUUUCAAGCCUGUUUGGCGACAGGUGUACACAUAACACAUCAUGUGUAAUGGUCAAUUUCAAGCCUGUUAGGCGCCAGGUGUACACAUAACACAUCAUGUGUAAUGGUCCAUUUCAAGCCUGUUUGGCGACAGGUGAACACAUAACACAUUAUGUGUAAUGGUCCAUUUCAAGCCUGUUUGGUGACAGGUGUACACAUAAGACAUCAUGUGUAAUGGUCCAUUUCAAGCCUGUUUGGCGACAUUACAAGCAAACAAACAGUUAACUGAAACAUCAUUAUCUCAAAUAUAUUUUUUACACUUGUGCUAUAGGGAAUCUUUAAAUGUUGUCAUUUAUUUAUACAAAAAUAUCUAUGUCAUUUUAAAAAAGGCUCCAGUUAUUAUUCAAUGAACUUACGCGUGUGUUAAAUGAUAACUGGAGCAUUUAACACACCCCCAAGUUCAAUAAAUAAUUUGGCCACUCGUUGGCCAGGCUCACUUCAAUCUGUUUGUUCUCACCAGAGAAAUGCCAGAAAUACAAUAUUGUCAGCAAAGAUCAAAUGGAGCUGGUACCAGUUGGUACGGAAUUCGGAUAUGUGACUUCGAUGAAACUGCUGCGCCAGAGGUCUUCGGUUCCUUGUGAGCAGGGCAAGACUUUUGGAUUCUACAAGUGGAUUGCCUUCGCCCGAAAAGGUUGCUCCGGGAGAUUUCAGAUUUGCUAUGAGGUGAAGACGGAAGAUUCGCAAUCGGCGGAACCGUCAGGCACAUGUCUUCCCUCGGUUGUUGGUAAUUUAAAAAAAAAAAAUCGGUUAAAACUUGUUUAUGAUAAUCUCGGAAAUAUGGUGGUUUGGAGUUCCGCCGUUUGUCUUUCAGAUUUAUGAAGAGAUUCACAAACAUUGCUUUAUUGAACUUACAGAGUAAGUUAGCGUUUGUAAAAAAAAAAAGCAAAAAAAAAAACAACAAAAAAACAACAAAAAAACAAACAACUACAAACCACAAGAACAUCAGUUAGCAUUGACUCUUAUUCGAACUUUGUUUGUUUAGAGCUAUUCUACCCGUGCACGCCAGUGGACGUAAAGUAAUAAGUAAUUUAUGAGGUCGGAACAGUUUGUAUCUGGUCAGAGUUGGAAUGGAAAUGGAAUAAAACAAAUUUGUUGCUACGAUGCCAAUGAGAGGUGUACUUGGAGUAAAUGUUGAUAAUAUCGUUCAAUGAAACAAUCCCUAGAAAAACAUUUAUAAUAAAUCCUUUAUAAAAUGAAAUAUCGGGCAAUGGAAGGGGGGGGGGGGCUCUAAAAUUGGACAAAGCAUGCAUACAAGUGACGCAUUUUAUAAGAAUCCCAAUUAUUAUUAUUCUCCCCCCAAGGCCCGCAGCCGAUUAUUUAUUUCACGCCCCUAAACAAAAUAUAUAUUCUAAUGACACACCCGCUUUCACACCGCAGAUUUAGUUCACCAACUCUUUCAGAAGAAAAUAAAAGAAAAUAUUACGCAUCAAACGCACUUGCGAUAUUAAAAAAAAAAAUCAUUUAGCGCAGUUAUAGGCGAUUGUCAUUCGUGACGUCAGUGUCGCUAUACUUUCUACAUCGUCCCGUGAAAAGCAGGAAAAACAGAUAUUUUUAGAUUUUGGGGUGGGGUUAAAAGUUUGCUAGUGUUCUCAUUGGGAACGAGUCUAUCUGCCACGUUUCAGCUCAAUAACUUGACGGGAAGCUGGGAAAUUAGCCGUCCGAAUAUUUUGCCAGUCAGCCAAGAACAAAAGAGAAUUUAAUAUAUAUUAUUACAAAUACACGGCCAAUUUAAAGCUGCUUUGAAGUAUCUCUAAGAGAGACAAUUUUCCAUUAAUUUCUGUUAUAGCAGCAAUUUUAGUUACACCCGCAACUCCCGAGGUACAAUGCAAUGAUUAGUUUAUUUUAAAAAAAAUGACUUUGUGAUGAGCUGAUUUCUGACUAUGUAACAUAUCAUUCAAAUUAAAUAUUUUUUAUAUCUUUAUUUCUUGUUUUUAAGUUUUAUGCACUUCACAGAAAAUCCUGAUUGGACGUGUGUUGAUGUCAAAUUACUGAGUAGACUCAAACGACCUGUAGACAAAACAAUAACAGACGAUGAUGGUAAGGAGGUUACCAUCCACAGUAUGGACCUCGUCCACCAACAUUCAGACAUCAGCUGUGAACAAGGAGAGAGUUUCAGGUCAUCGGGAAGUGUGGCAAGCGCCUGGGGUGGAUGCAGAGGGACUUUCAAAAUCUGUUACGGUUCUCAAGACGAGGAGUCGGCAACAACUGCCAAAUCAGGUUAAAAAAGAUAUCCUUAGUCAAUUUCAGCUAAACUUACGAGGAGUCGGCAGUAAAUUGUACGACGCAAGAAUCAGGUUUUACAACUUUCACUCCACAUAUAAAACUAUCUUGUCAUUCGGGGUAAUAAAGGGGGAAACUGCAAUCAGGUUAGCACACUAUAACAUUGGUACAACAAAGUAAAAUUAAACCUGAAAAGGGAACGCAACAAAACAACGAACGUGUCGGCAAGAAGCCGACAGAAAUAGAAAAAACAGAAUACAAUUUUAAAAAUAUAUAGCACUUAGCCUAGAAGUAGUAUCCCAGAGGGCAGCAAAUGAAUUGUGCCCUCGCACACGCAUAUACACACAUACACCACACACACAAACACAAUCACACACAUACAAUAAAUAACACACACACGCACAUACACACACACGCACUAAAUAACACACACAAUUCAUUUGCUGCACUCUCGGAUACUACUUCUAAGCUAAGUGCUAUAAUUUUUUAAAAUUUUAAUUUUAUUCUGCUUUGUUCGCUGACGAAGGCUUCCUGCCAACACGUUCGUUGUCUUGUUGCAUUCCUUUUUUCAGGUUUAACCUUACUUUGUUUUACUUAUUUCAUUUCUCGUCAUUCGUAGCACUACUUCUGUCACUAUUAAUGAGUAGAUAGAUAUCCUCUUAUCAAAACUUUCCUUUGAUAGGUCACUCUGACCCACUCAGUAUAACAAGAAUUUGCAUUCCCAUAACUAAAAUCAUCAUUGUAAAUAGAUUCAACUGAUUGGACGUGUGUUGAUGUCAAAUUGCUGAGUAGAAUGAAUCGACCUGUAAACAAAACCAUAACGGACGAUGAUGGUAAGGAGGUCACCAUCCACAGUAUGACCCUUGUGCACCAACAUUCAGACAUCAGCUGUGAACAAGGAGAAAGUUUCAGGUCAUCGGGAAGUGUGGCACGCGCCUGGGGUGGAUGCAGAGGGACUUUCAAAAUCUGUUACGGUUCUCAAGCCGAGGACCUGCACAUGACAACAACUGUCCCAUCGGGUACCAAAACACGUUUUUCAAAUUCGACUUAGCUAAAAAUAACCGCAAUCUUUAGAAAACGUAAAACUUUAGGUUCCAGUUCGACGAAUAUAACUCUAGAACUCUAACUUUAUUUCCACUCUUAAGCAAAACUUCUAUCGCAAUAAUUUAGUCAGUGGAUACAGCCUUUUUCAUCAAGACUUUUAUUUUUCUUAAAAAACAUCGACUCAUAUUUUAAAUCAUUAAAAAAAGUCCCCUGUUUGGCUAACACUGCAGCUCACACGCUAGUACGGAACAGGCUUUGUGGACACACCGCUAAAGUCUGCCAUGCGCAAAUCGGAUUAUACUAGGACUUACUGUUAAACAUUAAUAGACGAUUUCAGGGGUGUGUUCGUGCAGAAAUUUACCAUACCUGAAAACAAUUGGUUCUCUUCCUUUCGAGAUGUGUAUCCCAUUUUGUUGUACUAUAGCUUACGAAAUAAAAUGUAUGAGUAUAUCUUGCAAAUUAUAGCUUGCGAAUUAUAGCUUACUAAUUAUAGAUUGCAAAUUACAGCUUACGAAUGCCUUUUUCCGGCAGUUUUAUAAAUACAGACGUUUAAUUACAUUAUGAUUUUAUCUUAAUCUUCUUCAAAAUAGAAUCGCCUGACUUAAAGUGUGUUGAUGUCAAAUUGCUGAGUAGAAUCAAACGACCUGUAGACAAAACCAUAACAGACGAUGAUGGUAAGGAGGUGACCAUCCACAGUAUGACCCUUGUCCACCAACAUUCAGACAUCAGCUGUGAACAAGGAGAGAGUUUCACCUCAUCGGGAAGUGUCGCACGCGCCUGGGGUGGAUGCAGGGGCACUUUCAAAAUCUGUUACGGUUCUCAAGCCGAGGAACUACGCAUGACAACAACUGUCAAAUCGGGUACCAAAACGUUUCUUUUUUUAGUUGAUUUAACUAAAAAUAACCACAGUCUUAACUAGUAUAACUGCAGAACUAUAACUUCAUUUCCAAUCUUUGGCAAAACAUCUCUCUUAAUAAAUUAGUAAUUGGAUACAUCCUUAUUCAUCAAACGUUUUUUUUUCCCCUUACAGAACAUCGACUCAUAAACUCAUGAAUAAAUUCCCAUGUUUGGCCAACACUGCAGCUCAAACUCUAGUAUGGAACGGGAGUUGUGGAAACAAUGUUAAACUCUGUCAUUGACAAAUAAUAUUACAAUUACUUUUAAACAUUUACAACCGAUUUCAGGUUUUGUUUAUGCUGAAAUUUAGUAGACCUGAAAACAAAAUGUUGUGUAUCCUAUUUCGUCGAAUUAUAGCUUACGGAUUAUAAUUUAAGACUCAUAGCUUACAAAUUACAGCCUGCGAAUUAUAGCUUGCAAAUUAUAUCUUGCGAGUUAUACCUUGCGAAUUAUAGCUUGGCGAAUUAUAUCUUGCGAAUUAUAUCUUCCGAGUUAUAUCUUGCGAAUUAUAUAUUGCGAACUAUUUAUAGCUUCAAAUUGGAGCUUAAAAAUUAUAGCUUACGUAUUAAAGCUUGGAAAUUAUGUCUAACGAAUGAUAACUUACGACUUAAAGCUUACAAAUGCCCUUUGCCGACGGUUGAAUAUAGAUAUUUAAUAAUAAUUAGAUUUUUAUUGUUAUCUUCUUCAAAAUAGCAUCACCUGACUUAAAGUGUGUUGAUGUCAAAUUGCUGAGUAGAAUCAAACGACCUGUAGACAAAACCAUAACAGACGAUGGUGGUAAGGAGGUCACCAUCCACAGUAUGGACCUCGUCCACCAACAUUCAGACAUCAGCUGUGAACAAGGAGAGAGUUUCAGGUCAUCGGGCAGUGUGGCAAGCGCCUGGGGUGGAUGCAGAGGGACUUUCAAAAUCUGUUAUGGACCCGUCAACGAGGAGCCGGCAGUGGACGUGAUACCAGGUAAAUGAGAGGAGUUUCUUCAAAUAACUACUUGAGUUAAAAAGACUUUGUGAUAAGAUGACAUGCAAUUUUUAAGAAAAAAUUUUGCACACAGUUAAAUUGUUAUUCAACCAAGCAAUUAAUAAAUUCCGAUAGACACAGUAUAAAGAAUAACAUUAAAUUGGUAUUCCACCAACCAAUUAUAAAUUCCUACAGACACAGUAUAAAGAAAGAUUAAAUUGGUAUUCAGCCAACCAAUUAAAAAUUUAUAAAGACACGGUGUAAAGAAAAGCCUUUAAUUAGUAACGAUUCCCAGUGAAACAUGACGACUCAGAGCAACCCUAACGAUGUCAAAACACAAUCUGUUUGCCUGCUUAAUUAUUGGUCUCAUUAGGUUUCAUGUCGUAAUGUCAUGACAUUUAAAACUGCAAUACAUUUCUGGUUGAAAAAAAAGAACCCUAACACCGAAGAUCUUACAAUGCAUGUUUUCCCUCCCUUUUAAAAAAAAUGUUUUCUUUCAUUUUUUUUUAUAUUCUCUUUCUUUUUCAUGUUUUCUUUCUUUUUUUCACCUCCCAUUUGUUCUUCCCCACUCCUCCUUCUUUUCGCUCUUUUCCCCCUUUCUUUCCUUCUUUUCUUUAUUUUCUAAGAAAAAAUAUUGACAUCUAAAAUAAUUAUUAUUAACCUAUCUUCUUCCCAGAACCGCCUGAUCUGAAAUGUGUUGACGUCAAUUUACUGAGUACACUAAACCGACCCGUGGAGAGAACUAUAACGGACGAUGAUGGCGAUGAGGUCACCAUACACAGUAUGACCCUGGUCAACCAACAAUCAGACGUCUACUGCGGACGAGAGGAGAGCUACAGCUCUACUGGAAGUGUCGCGAGAGCCUGGGGUGGCUGCAGAGGGACUUUCAGAAUCUGUUACUCUUCCUAAGUUGAAAUACACAUUAAAAGCCAU